GUCGAGGCUGGAGUGUAGACAUUAUUGAUUUCUGACGGACACUGAGACCAGCAACAUGAAAACAGCUCAACUGCCACUCCUGCUGAUCUUCAGCAUUGAGUUAGCGUGGAGCCAACAUGAGCAUCAUUCCUCUGGACAGCAAGGUCAGCAUCAAAAUGGCAGCUUCAUUGAUCUGUGUCACUUGGAAAAGCUAUGUGGUGACAAUGGUAAAUGUUACUCAACAUUUGGAAGAGCUUUCAAAUGCAUCUGCAUUGAUGGGAUAACGUGGACUAAUAAGUCAAAACCCUGCAUAGAGAUAGACUGCCCUUCAGAAGAGAACGACUUAAGCUUUGAUGACCACAAGUCAUAUGCGAAAUUUGAAGAGGGAGAUGGUGAAGCUUUCUAUUCUAUAAUCCUUGAGUGGGCCUCUGGCAUCAAUGAUCAGUGUCACAGCUAUAAAAGAAAUAACAGCAACAACAGUGAACCUUCACUGAUGGCUGUCACAAAUACUGUCAACGGCAUGAUCCAUAAUACGCUCGCGUGGAACAACAUGCAGAAGAGUGAUAGGCAAGAAGGUGUCAUGUUACUACUGAACUGUAUGGACAGCGUCAUUAUGAUGACUUCAGCUUCCUUGGGCGCUCCAAAGUACAACCUGACAACACCUCACAUAGAUGUCCAAAUUCAAGUUCUUCAAGAAAAGGAAGGAACUGUGGUCUUAUUAGCUAAAGAUAAUGAAAUGGACAUCCACUGGGAAACAGACAACUCAGAACCAUCUGAUUUUGCAGCUGUUUCCUUAGUCACCUACAACCAGAUGGAAUCACUGAUGGAUGGCACGGGUUUAGAAAUGGAGAACAAGAAGUAUGGAAAAGAGUAUUUGCAGCUGAACUCCAAUGUGCUAACAGCCAAGGUUAUCAGCAGCAACAAGACGCAACAAAACGCAAAUUUUACCAUCAAGAACAAGCAGGUUGACGAUGUUGAUGAUUACACUGUUUGUGUGUAUUUGGAUGUGAAAAAUAAGAUGUGGUCUACCAGUGGUUGUACUAAAGUGUCAUCCAAUCACACUCACACUGUCUGUAACUCCAAGCACCUCAGUAGCUUUGCCGUGCUGGUAGCACUGUACAAGGUGGAGGGCCCUGGCCUAACAGCCAUCACUUACAUCGGGAUUAUCACCUCUCUGGUGAGUCUCUUCAUCGCCAUCGUCACGUUCAUUAUGUGCCGAGCCAUUCACAGUACGCGGACUGCCCUCCACACCCAGCUGUGCCUGUGCCUGUUUGUGGCAGAGCUCCUUUUCCUCAUUGGACUAUCGGCCACCGGGAACAAGGCUGUGUGCGCGGCUAUCGCUGGAAUCCUUCAUUACCUCUUCCUGGCGUGUUUCAUGUGGAUGCUUCUGGAAGGCAUCCAGCUUUACCUGAUGGUGGUCAAGGUCUUCCUGUCCCAGAGCCUCCAAGCGAAAUACACCCACCCCGUCGCCUACGGCAUUCCAGCUAUAAUCGUCAUUAUCUCGGCAGCUUCAAACCCGAGCGGAUACGGCACCAGAGAAUAUUGCUGGCUGUCUAUGGAUAAAGGCUUUCGAUGGAGCUUUGUGGGCCCUCUGUGUGUCAUCUGCUCGGUAAACUUUUUCUUCCUCGUUCUGACGUUAUGGAAACUGGUCCAGAAAUUUUAUACCAUCAGUCCAGAUCUAUCAUAUCUUCAAAGGGUCAGAAUGUUCAUCAUUACUGCCUUUGCUAAGUUGGUUUUGCUGGGUGGUACAUGGAUACUGGGCGUGUUCCAUUAUCAGAAGCGGACGAUUGCUCUUGCUUAUAUCUUCACCAUCCUUAACAGCUUCCAGGGACUGUUCAUUUUCCUCCUUCACUGUGUCAAACACAAGCAGAUACGAGAUCAAUACCAUAGAUGGUUCACAAGAUUUAGUGUUGCAAUGAAUAUCUCAAAAUACACGACCUUCGCUGAUUCCACACAGCGCACCUGUUCAUCCCAGGCAAACGCAAAACAAUCAGUGUCAGGCCUGUGAGAGCGUCUGAUCAAUGAGCCUGCAAUUCCUCUCACUGCCACAAGAUGGAGCCACAAUGUAUAGAAACCAGCCAACCAAUGCCAAGUGCAGCAAGAUCUGCCCCUCUGCUAGGGUUGCCAACCCUCCAGGAUUGGCCUGGAGUCUCCAGGAAUUGAAGAUCAAUCUCCAGGACACUGCUGUCUGCAAUCCUGGGGAAAAAUCACCGGGAUGUUUCUUUUUUUGUCAUUUUCUUUGAACAUUUCUCUUUACCAGAUAUAAAAAUAUAGAAGAUGGAGGGAAAAGGUCUGUUUGGCUGACAGUCAAGCAUCGUCCAAUUGGUUAAUGAAUCUUUUUGCUUUCUAUCUGGCAUGAAAAGGCAGUGUGUCACGAGGAUGGAUGUGUUGGUCUGGAGCGUGGGGGCAAGUCAUGUGAUGAAACCUCCAGGAAUACAUUUAAUCAGAGUUGGGAACCUUACUCUCCGGACAUUUGGGGAUCUUUGCCUUUUGCACUUGGUGAAUUCCUUUUGCAACCAGACGCGGGGGAUAUUCCAAUGGACUGCAGCUUCAGCGAUAUUUUUGUUAGAUUGACAUGUCCAGGAGGGAUUCAGCCAUGCUUGACGGCCUAGAAGAAUUGCAGGAAUGGACACCCACAUCCAGAACAUCUGCAUCCAGAACAUCUGCACCCACAACUCCCCCGUCCACAACUCCCAUACCCACAACUCCCGCACCCAAAAGCGUACACGUUUACACACACAACUGCACAUGCAUGUGCCACACACAGCUGCUCAUGGAUGUGCACAAACUCAGGCAACUGCACAAGUACAUGCCUCACGCAGCUGCACAUAGAUGUGUGUGCACACACACAAAUAGAAACACACACACAGACAUACACACACAUAGAAACACAUACACACACACACACACACACACACAGAAAUGCACACAUGCAC